CGCCAGGGGGCGCUUUCCCGCUGCGGCGCCGCGCCCUGAGGCAGCGCGAGGCGGGGCGCGCUCCGCUCCGCUCCGCUCCCGCGCCGAGCCCGCCCCGCCGCACAUUGUCCCGCGCCGCCCCUCGGCCCGGUGCCGGUGCUGAGUCACGGCCGGCUCGCCGCUGCCCGGGGCCGUAGGUGUCGCGGAGAGCCCGCCGGCCACCGCCUGAGCAGCGCCAUGGGGACGGAGGGCGCCCGCGUCCUGCUGGAGCGCGCCGGCAGGCUCACGCUGCAGACCGGCAACCUGCUCAACUGGGGCUGCCUGCGCAAGAAGUGCCCGGCCACCCCCAGCGAGGAGGUGCGGGACUGCAUCCAGAAAACACUGACUGAGUGGAGCUCAAAGAUCGGCCAAGACCAAAAUCAGGAAACACCGGAGGUUCUGGAAUGUACUGUAGCUCAAGCUCUAGAAAAAAUAAAUCCUGAAGAAAGGGAUGAGUUGAAGGUAUCAGCAAAGCUUUUCAUCGUUGGAUCAAACUCUUCAUCGAUCAGAGAUGCAGUUGACCUGGCAUGUUCUGCCCUCGGAGUUGCUCAGUUAGACUCAGUCAUUAUUGCCCCACCUCCUGUUGAAGAUGGAACUAACCUCUCCUUGGAAUAUUUGCAACCUUAUUGGAAAGAAUUGGAAAAUCUAGUUCAAAACAAAAAGAUUGUUGCCAUAGGUACCUCCGACCUAGAUAAAACAUUGUUAGAGCAGCUUUAUCUGUGGGCACAGGUGAAACCAAGUAGUAAUCAGGUGAACCUAGCUUCCUGUUGUGUGAUGCCACCUGAUCUCACAGCAUUUGCAAAAGAAUGUGACAUACAGCUGUUAACUCACAAUGACCCCAAAGAAUUACUUUGUGAAGCAAGUUUUCAAGAAGCUCUCCAGGAAAGCAUCCAGAACGUGAAAGCAAACGAAUGGAUUCCUUUAUGGCUUCUGCGGUAUUCAGUCAUUGUUAAAAGCAGAGGAAUUAUCAAGUCCAAAGGCUAUAUCAUACAAGCUCAAAGAAAUGCAUCUUAAAACACUUUUUUUUUUUUUUUUUUUGUUCUGUUUUGUUUUUUGUAAAGGCUGUUUAAAUUUCUUUGGGAUGGGGGAACAUUGCAUUUUUCAUAGAAAGAUUUUUACAGCAUUUAUAAUUAAUUACCAAAAGUUGUAAUUAUUCAGUGUGAUGUCAGUAGGCUUAUCUGUAGUGUUCUAACACUAUUUUUCUUUCUUAACUAUUGGUGAGUUCAUUCAAAAUAUGAAAUAUUUUGGGGCAUUUUUUAUUGAAGUUAUCUAUAGACUAACAGUUUAAAAUAAGUUUCUUUUGAUGACCAGUUCACUGUAAAAAUGAUUAUAUUUUAGCUGCCAUUAGGUAGCAAGGAGAAACAUAUAUUUUUGUUUUUUUAAAAAACAAAUUUCUCUUAAAUCAUACUUACUUGGUGAGUACACAUUUCAGGCAUUCAAGGACUAGCUUUUCUAUAAAGUUGUCAUCUUUUAUGAAACAAUAUCCCCCAAAAAUUAAGCUGGUAACUCAUUACUUGAUAUGUAUAUAUAGGCACGUCAGCUGUUUAAUUUCUGGGGGUGGGAAAAUUGGUUUAUUUUUAAUAGAGUGGAAAAGACCUCUAUGAUUUAAAAGAAAAUGCAUCUUCCAAAUUACUUUCUGACUGUUACUUGAAUUCCUUCUGGCUUCUUUGUGCCUCAAUACGCUUCAUUUAGUGUUUGCACAAGUGUGAUGGCAUUUUUACUGUUAGAAAU